UGAGUCUAACACAAGGUCAGCCCCACACCAGCCCCAGAGAGGGAAGAAGGGAGCCUCACAGGCUAAGCAAAAUAUUAACCAAGUUUCACCCAAGCUUCUCUGCAACAGUCUCCAUGAUCAAUAAUCAUUCAGGUCUGUGGUGAGGCCUUUCCUGAAUUUCCUCCAACUCUUCCUCCAUGAGAAUCUUACUGAGAUGUAAGGCACUUCCUGGACUGACUACCCACCACCCCAACUGCUUUAGGAUCACACCACUAAUUUUGGAGGUAAUUUGGGUGGCAGCUACCAAAAAGGCCACCAAAUUUGAGGGUUAAGUAUUUCGCUGUCCCUGCAAUCCCCCAGCCUGCAGAGGGGACAGACUCUAACAGAAGGUUGCGAAUGUGGCAUCCUGGGAAGGUGAAGGGUCUUUGAGAACAUGGUCCAUAUUCGUGAUCUACCUCUUCCUGGCUGCUGCUUCCCUGUUUGGUUUUCUGCUCUUACCACUUAGUGAGAAGAAAAGGAAAGAAGGAAAAGGAUCUCUGGAAAUCAGGAGUUGGCUCUUGGCCUAUCCUUUCUCUCCUUGACAGAUCCCCUCUGAUGCAGGCUCAGGGCAUGAACUGAGCCUAGGCCAGCCUCACUGGGUCACAUUGACUGAAUAAGGAGCAGCCACCUGCUGCUGGUCGUGGUCAGCUUCAGGGAGGAGCAGACAGGACUCUCUUCAGCUCAACUCAGAGGAAAGUGAUAGCGAUCAGUGUGAGACCCUGGACGUGAGAAAGGGAACUGAAAGAAGUACCUGAAGACAUGGGUGCUAGAAGAAAACACUGGAAGGAAAAUAUGUUUACUCCUUUUUUUAAUGCAAAGGAUGUUCUAGAAGAGGCCACUACACCUGAAUCCUCUUCUGAACAAAUAGCUGUAGACAAAGCUAAGAGAAUGGGAGGAACUGAUCAUUUCUUCAGUAGAAAGUGUCAAGAAAAAAAUAAAUUUAGGAGGAAAGAAUAUAUUUCUCAUCUAAAUGAAAGAGAACAAGAAUCAAAUUUAAGAGGGAGGGGGAUAAACAAGUUCAAGAACAAAGACACAAAUUUUUCCUCCUAUGACUCAUUCAAUUUGGAUGUCAUGAGUGAAGAAAGCUUUAACAGAACAGAAGACCCCUCUUGCAGGUGCAGAAAGGAGUUACGGGCCCUCCCACAGCAAGGCAUGAGGAAAAACCUGACCAAAGGAAUGUCCCCAAAACUUCGCCUGAACCUUUUGAAUGAAGAACUGGAAGAACUCAAUAUGAAAUGCCGAAAAAUAGAAAAGGAAUUUGAAAAUGCUGAAAAGGAACUUUUGAACUCCAAAAGGGAGGUCUCCACAAAAUCCCUCCAUUUUCAAGAAAAAGGAAAGAAAGACUGGGAAUUUCAAGCUUUAAAAAACGACCUAUCUGAAAAAGCAACAAAUGUUAAAAACUUAACUGAAGAACUCCAGCGAGCCAAAGAAAUCAUCCACAAGCUGAGUCUAGAGAACAGAGAUCUAAAAGAGGCCAUGAGGAAGCUGAAGCGUCAGGCUGAACUAGGAAAUGCACUCCUGAAAGUAGAUGUGAAAUCGUACUAUGAAUUAGAAAUAGAAAAGAUUCACCACGAGCUUGAAGCCAUCAAGAAUGAGCUGAGAUCUGAGAAGAACCUGCAGGCAAGAAAUACCAGAGCCCUUGAGUUGCUUAGAAAAUACCUUGCUGCAGUGCGAAGCCCGACAGCUUCCUCUGAAUGCUUGACUGGGGAAUGUUUUUAAGCUUAAGAAAGCCUUUCAUCAGGCAAGUUAUUGAGUCAAGUCAGUGUUUAUUGUCCUAUCUUUGUGUACUACUCAACAUAUGUGCAAUACAAUGUAAUCUGCACUUUUGGUGAAGCAGAACAUCUAUAAAAAAAUACAGAUCUUAGCUUCAAAGUAUCUGCCUUCUCUUUCUGACAAAGUUAUUGCAAGACUACAAAUGCAAAUGAAGUUUCAGAAAUCAUAUAUAUAUAUAAUAUAUAU